GCCAUUAUCACACAUCCCAGCCAAAAACCCCACUUCCGUUUCAGUUCCCUUGAAACUAGCGCACUCCUUCUCGUCUUCUCCGCUAGGGCUUCGCCGUCCGACGAGCAAGCUCGUUAUUUUCACACGACGAUGGAGGAAUCCGGGGGUUUCUCCGGUCCGGCGGGCACUCACACACCAUCCGGGGCGGGGACCAUCAAGAGGAUCCGAUUGGAGAACUUCAUGUGCCACAGCAACCUUCAAAUCGAGCUCGGUCCGCGGGUCAAUUUCAUCACCGGCCAGAAUGGGAGUGGUAAAAGUGCAAUACUUACAGCGAUUUGCGUAGCCUUCGGAAGCAGAGCUAAGGGGACGCAGAGGGCGUCCACACUGAAGGAUUUCAUCAAAACUGGUUGCAGUCAUGCUACUGUUGAAGUGGUAAUAAAAAAUGAAGGGCAUGAUGCCUUUAAGCAUGAUAUCUAUGGCAAUUCCAUAAUUUUAGAGCGUCGAAUCAAUCAGACGGGCGGCUCCAUGACUUUAAAGGAUCACCGAGGAAGAAAAGUCGCAGGUCGGAAAGAUGAUCUUCAGGAACUCAUAGAUCAUUUUAAUAUUGAUGUAGAGAAUCCUUGUGUCGUGAUGAGUCAAGACAAAAGUAGGGAGUUCCUGCAUUCUGGGAACAAGAAAGACAAAUUCAAGUUUUUCUUCAAGGCUACUCUUCUUCAGCAAGUUAAUGAUACCUUACAAAGGAACACGGAAGGACUGAGGUCUGUAAGUGCAGCUGUUGAGGAAGACGAGGCUUCUAUUAAACCAGUAGAGAAAGAACUUGCAGAGUUGCAGAGAAAAAUUAGUAACAUGGAGCAUUUGGAAGAAAUAUCUCAGGAGGUUGAGGUUCUGACUAAGAAGCUAGCAUGGGCAUGGGUUUAUGAUGUAGACAAGCAAAAACAGGAGCACAUUGCGAUGAUGGAGAAACUCAAACAACGUGUUCCUGCUUGCCAAAAAAAGAUAGAUGAAGAACUAGCUAAGAUGGAAUCUUUGGAGGAAAAAUCAUCAAAGAAGAAAGGUCAAAUUGCUCGCCUGAUGGAUAAAACAUUGGAAGUGAAGAGUAAGCAGCAGGAAUUCAAGGACUCUAUUUCCAUGGCCACAAAGGAGAAGGUUGAAUUACAAGAAAAGCGUAAGCGUGCGACUAAGCAGAUUGACGACAAGGAGAAACAAGUAAAAGAAUUGGAACGGCAAAUUGAGGAAAUUAAUGAUCAGCAUCUUAGAAACACACAGGCUGAAAAUUCUGAAAUGGAGGAAAAGGUCAAGGAACUUAAACGUGCAAUAGAUGAUGCAAAUGACUCAUUCUUGAGGUUAGAGAAUGAGGAACGUGGAACAACAGAUUACGUGGAUAAGAUACAAGGUGAAAUUAGUGAGAUUGCUAAACAGAUUGCAGAUAACGAGAGAAAGGAAAAAAAUCAUCGUUCAGCCAUUAAUGAUCUUCAGAAGAACAGAAAAAACAAGGUCACAGCAUUUGGAGGAGAUAGAGUCCUUCGACUUCUACGUGCAAUUGAAAACCAUCGUCAUCAAUUUAAAAGGCCACCAAUAGGUCCAAUUGGCGCUAAUAUUGCCUUAGCAAACGCUGAUAGAUGGGCUCUAGCUGUUGAGUAUGCGCUUGGGAAGCUGUUCAAUGCAUUCAUUGUGACAAAUCAUAGUGAUUCUCUCCUUCUAAAAAAAUGUGCAAGAGAAGCAAAUUAUGGUGACCUGAAAAUCUACAUAUAUGACUUUGAACGACCAAGGUUAAACAUACCUUCUGACAAGCUUCCCACAACACAUCACCCAACUGUUCUAUCUGUUAUACAAUCCAGCUAUGAUACAGUGCUAAAUGUUCUGAUAGAUUUGGGAAAUGCAGAAAGGCAAGUCCUUGUCAAGGACUAUGACACCGCUAAGGAAGUUGCUUUUGGACAAAGAACUCGAAAUGUGCAUGAGGUUUACACAUCAGAUGGAUAUAAAAUGUUCUGUCGUGAGUCAGUGGAGACAGUGCUUCCGCCAUCUAAGUGGCUUAGAGCAAACCGUCUGUGCGGUUCAUUUGAUGAUCAAAUCAGUGAUCAUGAGCAACAGGUCCAUGUUCUUGCUAAAGAAACUGAACAUUUAAGACGGAAGAAGUGGGACUCCGAGGGAACUCUUCGUAGUCUUGGAGAAACACUGCGGUUAGCAAAGAAGAAACGCUCGGAUGCUGAGCGGAAGGUGGCAUCUAUGGAGCUAGAGCUGCAGGAUUUGGAGCGAUCAAUUGACAAUGCAAGCAUGUCGCUGCCAACGUCAACUUUGGAUGAACUUCGUGAAGAAAUUUCUAGGAUAGAAGAAGAUAUAAAACACAAACAGGAUACUCUAGAGACGCUCGAGGUUGGAAUUGAAAAAGCUGAAGAAAAAGUUACGGCUCUGAAGAUGUCAUUUCAGAGUUUAUGUGAUUCAGCAAAGCAAGACUUCGAGACCCUGGAGGAUGCUGAGACUGAGCUGAUGAAGAUUGAGACAGAUCGGAAGAGUGCCGAGACGCAAAAAGCGUAUUAUGAGCGUAUAAUGGCUACUAAGGUCCUUGUCGACAUAGAAAGUGCAAAGGAAAAGCAUAGUAAGCUUGAAGAUGAGCGGAAGGUAAAUUUUCAAAUGUCAUAUUACCACAUCACAUUGAGAUCCCCAAAGCUUGUUUUCCUUUCUGAACAGCCCUCCAACGUGCUUGCUCUUAUAUUCUUGGUUUUCAAUUCCAUAAUUUUUCUUUUUGCUUGAUUGCCAAAUUGGUGCGUGUUUGAAACUGAAGAUGGCAAGUUUCCAUGAUCUUUGAGCUAACAGUAUCGUGGAUUGUUAGAUUUCUGCUCGGUGUUUUAAAUGGGACUAAUGGACCUGUGGGAAAGUAGGAAGUCAGUUCAGAAUAGUUCCAGUGGCUCAUGCUUACUUAUCCAAUUCUGUGCCCUGCCAUGUUUUCUGUGACAAGACUUUGUGUCUUCAAGAAUUUUAUCUGCUAUACAUGUACCUGAAAAGAAUUGCUUACGGCACUGGCAUUUCUGAGAUCAUAAUGUUUAUGCUGAAAACUGUAGAGCUUAUUUGCAGUGUUUGAUUUCAGGAAAGAUGCAGGAAGGCUUCCAUCAUAUGUCCUGAGAGUGAAAUUGAAAAUUUAGGAGGAUCAUCAGAUCGCAGCAGUCCAGAGCAACUUAGUGCCCAUUUAAGUAGACUGAAGAAGAGGCUUCACAAUGAGAGUCAGCAGUUUUCAGAAUCUAUUGAUGAUCUGAGAAUAAUGUAUGAGCAAAAAGAGAAUAAAAUUCAAAAGAGAAGACAAUGGUGUAAAACAUUCAGAGAAAAAUUGGAGGUCUGUGUGAAAGCAUUAGACUUGCGGUGGCAAAAGUUCGAGAGCAAUACAAAUAACGCAAGGCGUGAAUUAACUUGGAAUUUCAAUGGUCAUUUGGGAAACAAAGGUAUAAGCGGGAACAUCAAAAUUGAUUACGAGGAAAAAAGCCUUGGAGUGGAGGUGAAAAUGCCCCAAGAUGCAUCAAAUAGCUCAGUUCGUGAUACAAGAGGACUUUCAGGUGGGGAACGCUCCUUCUCAACUCUAUGCUUUGCACUAUCACUUCAUCAGAUGAUAGAGUGUCCAUUCCGAGCAAUGGACGAGUUUGACGUAUUUAUGGAUGCGGUGAGUCGAAAAAUCAGCCUGGACACAUUGGUCGAUUUCGCGCUAAGUCACAAAGCUCAGUGGAUAUUUAUCACUCCUCACGAUAUCAGCAUGGUGAGACACGACGAGAAUAUAAAGAAGCAGCAAAUGGCCGCACCUCGAUCUUAGGCUUUUCCGAUGAUGGUGCACUGCUGCGUCUCUUGUUUUUGGCUGUGUGCAUCUCUCACCCGCUGGUUUGAUCGCAGCGCUUGACGAACAGCUUCUGGAAUUUGUCUUUUGCUUUUUGUGCAUGCCUGCCGUCAAGGGUCAAAAUCUGUGUUGACUCUUCUUCUCCUACUUCCAUGCAUGCCAUUUUGUGUACAGUAGGGUUUCUGGUGCAUUGGGGUUCUUCCCUUUAAAUAAUAGCAGUGUCGCAGCUUUCUUGUAGCCCAAGCAUCUCAUUGUC